GACAAAACUCAUGAUGAUAAACCUUGAACGAAAAGUAGAUUGUAGAUUUCGUUUCAUGAAACAGCCCAUGCUCCAUGCCACCAUAGGCUGUAAAGCAUACUUUAAACUCUCUAAAGUUUAAACACUUUAAACCUUGUAGAGGUAGUAUAAUAAUUUAAAAAUUGGAAAUUAUCAAAUACGGAAUCAAAGUUAAUUAUGACAAAUUUAUGUCGUCGGUCAUUAAUAUUACUCUUUUUCUAUAAUAGUGUCUUAAUUUAAUAUUGUUCCGUAUUAAUUAUAUUUAUGAUUGAUUGAAUUUAUCGAUGGAGGUGAAUGAUUACUACAGUACUAAUAAAAGUAGCACGGACGAAGAAGAAUUAUUACUAAAACGUUUAAUUGCCCUUAAAAAGCAACUAGAUGAUGAUGAAAAUAAUGAUAAACCAAAAUUACAACGGACCCCGAAUAAUAUCAAAGAAAAUAUUAUUAUUAAUAAGAAUGUUAAAUCAUCAUCAAAAUUUAAGUAUUGCAAGGAUAAUAAUCAUACCACUCAUAAAUUCCUUUCUACCAAAAUAGAUAAUCGUAACUUUACCAACCAUCUAAGUAAAAUUAAACAAAAUAGUUCAUUUGUUAAGACUAAUAAUUCAUCUUCUAAGGUGUAUACCAAACAAAAUGUGUUACAUUCAAAUCCUGUCAAAACUGUUAUUAGCAAAAAAAUUCCUGAAAUAUUAACUAACAGUCAAAAUAUCAUAAAGUUUGAUUCAGAGAUUAAUGAAAUUGUGAAAAACAGCUUCGUUAAUAAUUGUAAAAUACCAUUAAAUGAGAGUUGUUAUGAAACUUCCGAUGUUUCACAGACAUUGCGUAAUGUUGAUAAAUAUAUGAUUAAUGUUCAAGAUUAUUUAACUUCAUCAAAAUAUGUUGUCGAUAAAGAAGCAAACUCUUCAUCAGCUAAGAAAACUAAUCAAUCAAAAAAUGUUCAUGUCAAUAGGAAAUUUCAAAACCAAUUAAUCUCUACUAGUUUGGUGAAUUCAAAUUCUUUAGAAUCUAUUAAUAAGUCAACAAGUAUAAAUAAUAAAAAAAUAAUAAAGAAGUUAUCUGGAAAAAUAGUUGGAUCACCUAAUCUUGUCAAGAUAGGUAAAACAAAAUUAAUACGUCAAUCAUUAUUUAGAAAUAAAUGGAAAAUCAAUAAUAAACUGAAUUGCUUUGAAAAUAAUACAAUUGAACGUAAACCACUCUCAACUUUACAAUGUCCAACAUCAAAUACAUUAAUACAGUCUUACAAAAAAACAGAAUGGAAUAAAGUUGCUAAUACAACAUCUGUACUUAAAUCAAAAUUAUCCAACUCCAGUAAUACUAAUAAAUUAAAAUGGACAAGACCCAGUAUAUUAUUGGUUAAUAAUGUGAACAAUACCCACCCAUCUGUACCAAAAGCCGAUAAAUUAAUUUUAUUUGGCAAGAAUAAAAUAAUUAGACAAUCGUUAAUAAAUCCAAUUCAAUCAAAGACCAAAUCGUAUAUGCUCAAACAUCUCUCGCAUAGAUUUGCUUUAAUGAGGAAAUUACAGCAAAAAAACAUUGUUGCUAGAAUGAAAACUGUUACAAGCAGCGAACAAGUUAAAAAUAAUAUAUUAUCGAAAAAUACUGUAAUUAAGCCAGUUGAAAUUAAAAGAAAUGGCAAGAGGUCAUAUUCUGUGUAUUCAUAUGUGAAUCCAAUAUUGAGAUCAAAAACAAAUAAUACAAAGUUGGAUAAAACUAGAUCCUCGGAUAAUAAAAUACCACGUUUACUUAAUAUUUCUGAUAACAAACCUCAACAAAAUUUGAAAAUUAUGAACAAUGAUAAAAAUAAAAUUCAAAAUUUAAGUUUAUCAAACAAUAAAACCCUCCAACGACUCAGAAGUAAAAAAUCACUCACUAAACAGCUCUGUCUAGUAUUUAAUCGGUUUGGUGUUUGUUCAAAAUUGGAUCAAGGAGAAUGUGAUAAACGCCAUUACAAAAAAUACAUCACAUUGUGCACAAAGUUUUUAACUGGAGAAUGUUCUAAAGAAAACUGUACAUUAUCGCAUAAUAUUGUUGAAGAAAAAAUUCCAUUUUGUAAGCAUUAUUUAAAUAGUGUUUGUGUUCAAUUAAAUUGUCCGUUCUUACACGAAUAUAGAAGUAAAAACACUCCUAUUUGUAAAAAUUUUCUCCAUGGUUCCUGUAAUUGGGGAAAAAAAUGUCCUAAAAAACACUUAGAUUUAUGUCCAAUUUUUGAAACAAAGAAUGAGUGUCCACAUGGUCAAAAAUGUCUAUACCCUCAUGUUCAAUUUGAAGAUAAAAGUACCGUUGUAGUUGAAAUCAAUGAACCCAGAUACUUUGAAAUAACAAUACCCAAUAAUGACGAAUCCAAUGAAAACGAGUACAUUCAUAUUGUACCCAAACGCCGUGCACCUUUAUUGGAUUUACCAUCUUAUAUACCUUUGAAAAAACAAUAAGUUGUCUACAAUUAUGUAGAUUAACUUUUAGGGAAAUGCUCAAUAUCAACAAAUCUGGUAUGUAACACGUUAUAAUUUUUAAUUUGUACAAGUGUAUACACUACAUGAUCAAAUAUCCAAUUAAAAUAACUAUUGGUAAACAUGUUUUUAUACAUACAUAUAAUAUAAUAGAAGACUGCUGGUAUGUUUGUAUCAUAAAAUGUUUGUUAUUUUAUUUUAAGAGAAAAAUUUAAAUAUUACCGAAAAAAAUAUUUUUCUUAAGAAAUAUAUUUUUAUUAUAUUUGUGUUUUGUUUUUUUUAGUUCUCACAAUAAUUGUUAAAGUUGGUAUUUGCUAUUAUUUAUUUUGUUGAAUAUUACAAUAUUGAAUUUAUAAUUGAAUUGAAUUCCUUAAAUUAGAUAUAAAAUUAAUUUAAUAACCAAAAAUUUUUCUUUUAUAUCCGUAGAUAUCACAUUUAAUGUAUUUUUUAUUACAUUGAAUAAUCCAUGAAAAUUUUUUUGUUUUCAGAGAUUUUGCAUUAAGAUGUUAACAUUUUAGUGUUAAAAUUUUGCAUAAAAUUUAAAUUCAAAUUAUAUAAUGAUGUUCAAAAUUAUGAAACUAAUCAACAGUUAGUUGACGAAAACUGCCAACCAUGUGAUGGUGACUGUGGUUUGUCAACGCUGAUACUCGCCCUUGUCUGGCACUCUCACUAAACAUAUCCUCUCUUACCGACAUUUUUUCAUUUUUGAGUAUUUGUUCUCGUUUUUCUAACAGUUCUUGUUUCCAUAAACCUAUCAUUAUUGUUUAAAUAAAUAAAAUGUUGAUUACAAAGUUGUGUUUAAAAAAUAAACUUACCUAUCAUUUUCGACAUUUCCAUUUCUCCACCAUAUUCUUUAGGCAAUAAUGACUUAUCAACAUAUGUGUGGCUCUCCUCUAUUGAACUAAAUAUCUGGAGAAUGAUUUACAAGAGUUAUACAUAGUAAUUAUCCAUGGAUAUUAUAUUAAUAAGUUUGUUACUUUUACACGACUUCUAAUUUUUUCAGAUAUCAAAGUCAUUCCAAAAUCCAACGCAAAUUUUAAACUCAAUGGUACAUUUACUCCAUAUAUUUCUUUGUGUCGCAUUGGAAGUGUUCGCUAGAAAAUAUUAAUAAAAGAAAUAUUUAUUUUUAUAAAAUAACAAUUUUUAUUAUUAUUAUUAUUUUAGGUGUAGCCUUUAUUUAACAAUAUUAUAGCUAAACAAAAAUGUGUAUAUUAAGUAUUUACAAGUCGAUGAUUAUCAAACCAAUAAGGAGAAGAUAAAGAGUACAGACUGACGGUUUAAGAUAAAUUAUAUUGGAUCUUGUAUCAGUAUUGGAAUCUAGCCAAAAAUGUGACGUUAUCAAUCUAAAAGUGUAUACCUUAUUUAUAUAAUUAUAUUAUGUAAUUUAAGUAUAUAAAUAAAUUAUAUAAUUUUAAUUUUAAAA